UCAGGUGGUUGGUUAGCAGAUACCAUCAUCCCACUCUCUUCUUUCUUAGGUAUAUGGGAAUUGUACCUCGUCGCUAUACAUUUCAUCAUUUCUUGGGUCAUUUUACGUGUUUCUUCGAGGAGCUUUGCAUUUGUCAGUGGGUUAAUGUGGGAUUGGACCAUUCCUGCUCAAGCGGCAUACAACCCUCGAUUGAGACCAUCACAUGAAGCUCACCUCAAAGUAUAUUGGCCAUUAUGGACUCUGACCACAUUCAUGGAACUCGUCAUGGCAUUCAUCUUACCUGAAGCAACGUACACCUUGGUCGUAUGUGCCAAAACUACAAUCAUGAGCAUUUUGUGGUUUGCGAAAAUUGAU